AUGCCAGGCCGACUCACCCACAAAACCGCAAUAGUAACCGGUUCCGCCAGCGGCAUCGGGCGAGCCAUCGCGCUGCUCUUUGCGGCCGAAGGCGCAAACAUCGUCGUCUCUGAUAUCCGCGAGGCCCCCUUGGAAGGCGGGGAAGACACUGUUGCGGAGGUACAAAAGAUCAUUAGCAAGAAUAAAGACAGCGGUAAAGGGGAUGAAGAAGGGAGAAAACAGGGAGUAAUCUUCAUCCAAUGCGAUACUACAUCUGCCUCGCAAGUCGAGAAUCUAGUCCAGCAGACUGUGGAGAAGUUUGGCAGGUUGGAUAUCAUGAUCAACAACGCAGGCGUCGGCGAACUCGCCCCCGGCCCCAUCUACGACUACCCCGAAGAAGCAUUCCAGAAAUGCCUCUCGGUAAACGUGACGGGAGUUUUCCACGGCAUCAAGUACGCCGCGAGGCAGAUGCGCGCUCAGGAUCCUCUUCCUCCAUCAUCUUCUUCCUCUUCGUCAAGUAGUAGUACGACGGAAACAGAGGAUAAGACAUCGAGGGGCUGGAUCGUAAAUCUCGCAAGCAUCGUCGCGAUGGGUGCGCAGCCCGGCGCUGUCGGCUACACAACCUCCAAACACGCAGUGCUAGGUCUAACCCGCACAUCCGCCUGGGACCUCUCGGCCUCGCUGAUCCACGUCAACGCACUGUGUCCCGGCUUCACGCACACGAGCAUGACGAAACCUUACAUUGUGGACAACGAGGCCGCGAGGGACGAGUUGAGGCCGAUGCAUCCGUUUAAAGGGUUCGGCGAUGUCAGGGAUGUGGCGCGGGCGGCGCUGUUUUUGAGUAGUGAGGAUGCUGCGUGGGUUACGGGUGUAGGGUUGCCGGUUGAUGGGGGUUAUACUGCGCGGUAG